AUAGAAAAUGUGAUAUGAGAAAUACCGGAGAUAGUCUCGUGAAGACCAAAAACAUCAACAACCUGUGCGCCGGGACCCUCGAAGAAACAAAGAAAAAAGGUGUGCGCUGGCAGAUCGGCACACGCUCGCCCUUUCUAGACCGGGGGUCGUCCUGCAACGCGGAGCGAGGAGGCUGCGAAAGAGACCACAACGCCGCGCAGCCGGCAGGCCGGCCGUCGCGUGGCUCGUUGAUACGCCCGCGAACCGCGACCCCGCGUACGCCAUGGUCCGGCCUGCGCUUAUCCGGCGACAUUACUCACGAGGCGAUGGCGAUGCGAGGAAGGACAGCUAGGACCUAUCCUUAUUUAAACCCUGACGCCACCUUGUGCUGUUCAAGGAGUGAAUACUGAACAGUCCAGUCAGUCGUCUCUACCUCAUACGCCUGACGAAUCUUGAUUCUUGAGCAAGACGCGGUCACUCCAAUAGAACUAUGCACAACCUGUUCGUCGCCUCCUCCCAGUGCCUGGCCAAAAGACUGAUUGGUUUAAGCUUCACCAAAAAAAAAAGAGACUGAUUGACUUCCCAACUUAUGUUUCACUAGAUUUUAGUUCAUUACUAAGCAAGUGCUCAGCUCUUUUGUUGGCAAUGAAGCAACCAUAACAUUGCUUCUAUGGCCAAUUGAAAUGGCUAGUUCCAUUCACUGUCAUAGUGCAAUACAAGCGCCAGGAAGAGUAUCUGUGAUGUAAAUAACAGCUGUUGAUUUUAGGACAGUCGUAUUGAUUUUGUGCUGCCGAGCAGGCUUGGAACUGGAUGCCUUGGUUUUCCAGAUCUGGGAGUUUGGUCGUUUUGGCCUACUCUGCACCGCUAUUGAGAUCCUCUCUUUCUAUUAAGAAAUUUAACUGAUGGGCCAAAGUUUCAGCAGCACACUACAUAUUUUUUUUCUUUGAAGCAACAUCUCACUAAAGUCAUCUAUCUACUCAUUGGAUGACUUUGGAGAUCUGUUGAUAUAAUAUCAAUUGGUAUGCUGAGAAGAAACUAACCAUAGUCCUGUGUUGUUAUGCUCCAGCUUGAUUGGGUGUCAUCUCUUUUAGCUGCAACUGCAGCUGGCUGUGAUCAUGGCAUCGCUGAGUGCUGACCUCUUUUACGACAUACUCAAGCGUCUCGAUGCUGCAGCUCUGGCAAGAGCAGGCUGUGCCUGCGCUGAUUUUCGUGCCAUAUCAAAUGAAGAGGAUCUGUGGGAAAAUGCCUGCACAUCUCUGUGGCCAUCAAUGAGACGAGAUGACGUUAGGAGCUUAAUUGCCUCUGCUGGUGGGUUCAGGAAGUUCUAUGCGGAUUGUUUCACACUUAUACUGAACAAGGACGUCCCUGUGGUUCAAGCCAAUGAAACUAACUUCUUUGCCGAAGAAUGGGCUGAGUCUUGACUACUACUACUACGACGACGGCGGCAUGGACGAUUCUGAAAACUCAUUGCCUUCGGAUUUCGUGUCUUUGAUCGAUGUAUGGUACAAAGGCCAUGCGCUCUACUCGAAGGUCAUAUGGGGAAUUCCCAGCUCAGACAGUGCCAAUGGAUGGUUCUACAACUACCCGUUCCGGAUCGACCUGUCUCAACACUCGGCUGAAAACAACGAGAACAACAACGGAGAUGUAUUCCUAUCCACUGUCAGUGGCGUGUCACCGGUACCCUCAAUGGAGCAAGAAAGGAAAGACGGCAAGCUAUGGAGGGAGUUGAACGAUGGUGUAAAGCUGAGCUGGAUUGUUGUCAACAAGAAGAUGAAGAGGGCAGUGAACCUGACGAGCUGGCACCCGCUGAGCGGGCAGAGGCACUGGCCGACCGAUGCUGACUUCGUUCUGCGGUUCGGGUCUGUGCUUCCGGCGAAGGAGGUCCUGCCCUGCCAGGUGGCGGAAUGCAUCCUGCUGAUGAAGUUCCGCGUGACAGGCAUGGGCGGCGAGGAGGCUGGGGAGCCUUCGACGCUCGCGCUGACGGAACUGAGCAUGCAGAUCCAGGACAUGGGCGGCGUCCAUCUCAACGGCCGCUGCAGCCUCCUCCUCCUCAAGGAGGCGCUGAGCUGCCACCGCAGCAGGAACUACGAUGAGGUGCUGGAGUCUUGCAAUUUGUACCUCAAGGCACAGAGUGAGCUGAAGGAAGAGAAGAUACGCAGCGAGUGCCGGUUCGACACGCUGUGUGUUUUCAGUGGCAUUGCAAUAUUUGCUGCUAUCUGCACCAUGUGGUAUAGAAAGUUUUAGAAGAUCUGACUCCAUAGGUAGAUAAGGCUAGCUGCGGAUUCAGUAAGUGUUGUAGUGAUUCACAUGUUUGAGAACUUGUAAACACUGUGUACUUAUUAAUGCUGGUUAUUUAGUUCUCCUUAGAUA